UAGAACAAUAUAUAAAUGUUUUACAGUGCAUUUCAAAGUGAAUCUGGAAUCGAGAAGAGAACAGGGAACAUCAUGUCCAAACUUUUAAUCACCAUCGCAACUGCUCUGCUUGCAAUCAUUGGAUCAACAACCGCCUACCAUUAUCCACCACCUUAUUAUUGCAAUGGCCAACCGUUCAACGUUUACAAUAGCAUUUGCUGCGGUGCACAAGUAACAUCUAUAACUGGUUUCAAAGAUCCUGCUUGUUGUGGAAAUGUAGCAUUUGACAGAGACGAAAAAUUAUGUUGCGGCGGUGCACUCGUUGCCAAAUCAGCCACAGCAACUGGUUGUUGCGGUGCGACAGCUAUAGAUUUAUCCCUUCAAGAAUGUUGUGCCGGUACAGCUAUUGCUAGACUGGCAAAGAUAUGUUGUGGUGGAACAGCAGCUACCAGAACUUCAAUAUAUCAAGUUUGUUGCGGGGCAACUGGAAUGGAUAAGACCAAGGAACUUUGCUGUAAUGGUGCUCCUAAAACAAUUGCAGAUACCUUUAAAACAGGAAAUAAUCUCACACCAAACACAUUUGCUUGUUGUGGAAAUGCAAUUUUCCGUCGAAGUACUAACUACUGUGCCUUCAAUCAAAUACAACAACGAGGGAAUUAUGCGCCAUGGUGGCCGUUGGUUACUCAUCAUCAUGUUUGGUAAUUGAUAUGAAAAAAU